GUUAACCUAUCCUUGUCAACGCGCCGCGGAAUAGUUGGCACCACUGUCCACGCAGCUGUCUAUCGACAACAACUGUCAUUUUAAUUCCAAUCAAGUUUUUGCUUAUUUCUGCAUUAUUACAAUGAGUGAUCAAGAGCUGGAAGCUGCUCAGGAAAUGAGCCCCCACGACGUCGAGAAGAUCGAAGAGGCCAAACUCAAAGCCAAGUACGCCAACACGGCCACGGGCCCCAACGCCGGGCGCUUGAUGGGGGGCCAUUCCGCGUUUUUGCAGAAGCGUCUAGCCAAAGGUCAGAAAUAUUUCGAUUCCGGGGACUAUCAGAUGGCGAAGCAGAAACUCGGGGGCGUGAACAAAGCACCUUUGAAGACGCCGUGUUCGGUGCCCGGGUUUGCCACGGGCGACGCCAUCCCCACACCCGAAACUGUACCAGCUAGAAAGACUUCGAUCAUACAACCAUCAAAGUUCACGUCGAAUGUGAGCUAGUUAUUAGGGACGUUUUUGAUAAUGUUAGAUGUAGGUUUUGUAGUUUGUUGGUUCCUUACUAAUUUAUUUGUUUAAUUGAUACUAAGCCAUAACGUUUAACCUGAAGUGUAACUAAAUAUACUUUUUUAAUUAUUUUUUCAAUAAAUUUGCUUGUGGAGGGGGGAGGUUAAGUUGACCCAACUUUGAGAUGCUUGUUAAGUUGGUGACGCCCAGUGUCAUAGUUGAGUAAGUAAAAUAAUAAAGUUUUGAGAAUAUUAAUUA